CUGGGAAGACGGGCGGGUGCGGCAGACCCAGCCUCCGCUUUCUUGCAGCCGCCUCCCUUCUUUUGGGUGUGCGUGCCUUCCGCUGCUUUUAUUCGGCCCUGGAGACAAUUCCCCCAGCUCAGCAGCCUCCGGGCGAGUCCGAUCCCUCUCUCUGGGCCCCCUCCCAGCCGGAGCUGCCGCCUGGGUUCUGAGUGUGGGAAUGAUGUGCACGUUGGAGGGUCCAAGUUCUUCACGUGCCUGGGGGGUCCUCCCUUUUUUUUCUUAGGCAACCAAAUCGUACUAAACCUACUAAUCAGUAGCUCCGAGGCAGCGGCAGGAAAGAGAAACGCUCUUUUCCCGCUUGAUUCCAAGAACCUCUUCAAUUUUUAUUUUUAUUUUUAUUUUUAAAGAGGGAGACGAUGGACUGAGCAGAUCCACACCAUGGAGUCUCGGGUCUUACUGAGAACAUUCUGUUUGAUCUUCGGUCUCGGAGCAGUUUGGGGGCUUGGUGUGGACCCCUCCCUACAGAUCGACGUCUUAACAGAGUUAGAACUUGGGGAGUCCACGACCGGAGUGCGCCAGGUCCCCGGGCUGCAUAAUGGGACGAAAGCCUUUCUCUUUCAAGAUACUCCCAGAAGUAUAAAAGCAUCCACUGCUACAGCUGAACAGUUUUUUCAGAAGCUGAGAAAUAAGCAUGAAUUUACUAUUUUGGUGACUCUGAAACAGACCCACUUAAAUUCCGGAGUUAUUAUCUCCAUUCACCACUUGGAUCACAGGUACCUGGAACUAGAAAGCAGUGGCCAUCGCAAUGAAGUCAGACUGCAUUACCGCUCAGGCAGCCACCGCCCUCACACGGAAGUGUUUCCUUACAUUUUGGCUGAUGACAAGUGGCAUAAGCUCUCCUUAGCCAUCAGUGCCUCCCAUUUGAUUUUACACAUUGACUGCAAUAAAAUAUAUGAAAGAGUGGUAGAAAAGCCUUCCACUGACUUGCCUCUGGGCACAACAUUUUGGCUGGGACAGAGAAAUAAUGCACAUGGAUACUUCAAGGGUAUAAUGCAAGAUGUGCAAUUACUUGUCAUGCCCCAAGGAUUUAUUGCUCAGUGCCCAGAUCUUAAUCGCACCUGUCCAACUUGCAAUGACUUCCAUGGACUUGUGCAGAAAAUCAUGGAGCUGCAGGACAUUUUAGCCAAAACAUCAGCCAAGCUGUCUCGAGCUGAACAGCGAAUGAAUAGAUUGGAUCAGUGCUAUUGUGAAAGGACGUGCACCAUGAAGGGAACCACCUACCGAGAAUUUGAAUCCUGGACAGACGGCUGUAAGAACUGCACAUGCCUGAAUGGAACCAUCCAGUGUGAGACUCUGCUCUGCCUGACACCUGACUGCCCACUGAAGUCGGCUCUUGCAUACGUGGAUGGCAAGUGCUGUAAAGAAUGCAAAUCAAUAUGCCAAUUUCAAGGACGCACCUACUUUGAGGGAGAAAGAAAUACAGUCUAUUCCUCUUCUGGCGUAUGUGUUCUCUAUGAGUGCAAGGACCAGACUAUGAAGCUGGUGGAGAGUUCAGGCUGCCCAGCUUUGGAUUGUCCAGAGUCUCAUCAGAUUACCUUGUCUCAUAGCUGUUGCAAAGUUUGCAAAGGUUAUGACUUUUGUUCUGAAAGGCAUAACUGCAUGGAGAAUUCUGUCUGCAGAAAUCUGAAUGACAGGGCCGUUUGUAGCUGUCGAGAUGGUUUUAGGGCUCUUCGAGAGGACAAUGCCUACUGUGAAGACAUUGAUGAAUGUGCUGAAGGGCGCCAUUACUGCCGCGAGAACACGAUGUGUGUCAACACCCCAGGAUCUUUCAUGUGCAUCUGCAAAACUGGAUACAUCAGAAUUGAUGAUUAUUCAUGUACAGCAUUUUGCAAAGAUGGCUGUAGGAACGGAGGCGCUUGUAUUGCCGCUAACGUGUGUGCCUGCCCUCAAGGCUUCACGGGACCCAGCUGUGAAACUGACAUUGAUGAGUGCUCUGAUGGCUUUGUGCAGUGUGACAGCCGUGCUAACUGCAUUAACCUGCCUGGGUGGUACCACUGUGAGUGCAGAGACGGCUACCACGACAAUGGGAUGUUUUCACCAAGUGGAGAAUCGUGUGAAGAUAUUGAUGAGUGUGGAACCGGCAGACACAGCUGUGCCAACGAUACCAUUUGCUUUAACUUGGAUGGUGGAUAUGAUUGUCGAUGUCCUCAUGGAAAGAAUUGUACAGGGGACUGCAUCCAUGAUGGAAAAAUUAAGCACAAUGGUCAGAUCUGGGUGUUGGAAAAUGACCGGUGCUCUGUGUGCUCAUGUCAGAAUGGAUUUGUGAUGUGUCGCCGGAUGGUCUGUGACUGUGAGAACCCCACGGUUGAUCUUUUUUGCUGCCCUGAAUGUGACCCAAGGCUUAGCAGUCAGUGCCUCCAUCAAAAUGGAGAAACCUUGUACAACAGUGGUGACUCCUGGGUCCAGAAUUGCCAACAGUGCCGCUGCUUGCAAGGGGAAGUUGACUGUUGGCCCCUGCCUUGCCCAGAGGUGGAGUGCGAAUUCAGUGUGCUCCCAGAGAACGAGUGCUGCCCGCGCUGUGUCACUGACCCCUGCCAGGCCGACACCAUCCGCAAUGACAUCACCAAAACUUGCCUGGAUGAGAUGAAUGUGGUUCGCUUCACUGGCUCCUCUUGGAUCAAACAUGGCACCGAGUGUACUCUCUGCCAGUGCAAGAAUGGCCACAUCUGUUGCUCAGUGGAUCCACAGUGCCUUCAGGAACUGUGAAGUUAACUGUCUCACAGGAGAUUUCGGUUCAAAGAAUGUUCUUUCAUUAAAAAGACCAAAAAAAUAAAUAAAAUGAAAUAAAAAAGUUAAAACUUAAUGUGGAUGAUUUGUAGGCAGCUAAGUGCAGCUUUGUUAAUAGCUGAGUGAACUUUGAAUUCUGAAAUUUGUGGAGCUUGAGAAAAUCAUAAAAAGGAAAUUCUUGGGGCAAAACUAGACCAGAAUCCUGCCUCUACUGUGUUUGACAUCACCAUGUAGAAGAAUGCGUCUGGAAUAUACACCAUGACGUCAUGGCCCCUGGAUAUUAAAGCCCGAACCCAUCAGAGUUUUGAAAGCCUCUACUUCACUGGUGCAGAAAAUUUUUCUCUAGAUCAGAAUCUUCACGAAGCAGUUAAGUUCCUCACUGCAAAAAAUAUAAUGUAAGGCAGUGAAUGAAUUAUAUUUUCAGAAGCAAAAAAGCUAUAACAUGUUAUGUACAGUAUACACUCUAAAAGGAAACCUGACACAAGUUCUUGUAAUGAUAAAAAAUAAUGCACAGGCAUGGUUACUUAAUAUUUUCUAACAGGAAAAGUCAUCCCUAUUUCCUUGUUUUACUGCACUUGAUAUCAUUUUGUUGAAUUUGUUCAGUAUAAGCUCGUUCUCGUGCAAAAUUAAAUAAAUAUUUCUCUUACCUUAUAACACGUC